AUGCUACUGGAACGAAAUGAUAUUGUUGCUUUACGUUGUAAAUUUUUACGUAACAUUUGUACACUUCGACAAAUGAAAGAUUGUCGACCAAUGAUUUACCUAGAUAAAACCUGGGUAAAUCAGAAUCAUUCACGAUUUCAUAUUUGGCAAAAUAACGAAGGGACAAAAGUACCAAUCGGUAAAGGAGGUCGUCUAAUUAUUACACACGCUGGGUCAUCUCGAUACGGAUUCAUAGAAGGGUCAAAAUUAGUUUUUAAAUGUCAAGCGAAAAAUUCUACUGACUAUCAUUCGUCAAUGAACGCCGAUGUUUUUAAAGCAUGGUUUGUAGAUAUGUUAAAGCUACUGCCCGAACCAUGCGUUAUUAUUAUGGAUAACGCACCAUAUCAUUCCACGUAUAUUAACAACUAA